AAUUGUACAACGGAAUGUAUUUUUGCGUCAUCACUGCAAGCCAUCAUGACUCUCAAAAGCCGCGACAGCCGCUGUUUACUUCUGAAGAUAACUUUAGCGCCGCCCUAAAAAACUGAUUCAAAUUCGACACUAACCUUCAAAUAGGUAUGUAAUGACACAUUAUAUAAACUCUUUAUAGUGUUUAAUUUACAUUUUAGAGGUGAUAAAUUGGACAGAUUGAAUGAAAAAAGCUGUUUCCCUACAUGGCUUAUCUACCACUUUCCCUAUUACGCAGUAGGUUUCGCUUCCCUACCAGCCAUUUUUAAAAAGAUCGACGGAGCUCAUUGCUUUCUUCAAUCAUGCAGAGACGGGCAGCAUGAAGGUUUCGUCAUUGAUUUUGCUGACCAGUUCAUGGGUUGAUCUUCCUGUUUAAGUGGCAGCCAGGUGAGGCACCAGCAGGCUCUAUCGUUCAGGAUUCAAGACUUGACCAAAUCUUCUUUGCCAAGCAGGUACAUGGUUUGGUUAGAUAUCUUUGACAAGGGGGAAAUAAUAUAUUCAUUGUAUGUAUUGCAGAGUUUGCACAUAUUCAAAGUCAUCAGAAGGAUUUUCAGAAGUCACUUUCCUCCUGGCACUGAUUCUGCUGAUAGCAGCUAGUUUGAAGAAGAGUCUACUUGCAGUAACUGUGUUCAAUGUAUUGACUGCAUUUGGGAUCCUGAGUGGUGCGGUGGUCUAAGGCGCUAGAGGCGUCACUACAGACCUGGGUUCGAUCCUGGGCUGUAUCACAACCAGCUGUGAUCGGGAGUCCCAUAGGGCGGCGCACAAUCCGGGUUAGGGGAGGGUUUGGCCGGGGUAGGCCGUCAUUGUAAAUAAGAAUUUGUUUUUCACUGUAUUGCCAAGUUAAUAAAAUUUAAAAAAGUAACUCUGGUUAAGAUCAUCUGGCAGGAUCUCAUAUGUCUAAUGUCUUUGUGUGUGUUGUUUCAGGUGAUAAAUAACGCAUGUGCUACCCAGGCCAUUGUCAGUGUGCUGCUGAACUGCACUCACUCUGACAUGCUGUUGGGAGAGACACUCACAGAGUUCAGAGAAUUCUCACUCAGCUUCGAUGCUGCUAUGAAAGGUCUGGCUCUCAGCAACUCUGAAGUUAUUCGACAAGUUCACAACGGCUUUGCCAGACAGCAGAUGUUUGAGUUUGACGCCAAGUCUUCAGCGAAGGAUGAGGAAGCAUUCCACUUUGUGAGUUACGUCCCUGUCAACGGCAGGCUCUAUGAGCUGGACGGACUACGUGAAGGGCCCAUCGACCUCGGUGUAUGCAACCAGGACGAUUGGAUCAACGCAGUUCGGCCAGUGAUUGAGAAAAGAAUACAGAAGUACAGUGAGGGAGAGAUCCGCUUCAACCUGAUGGCCAUCGUGUCAGACAGGAAGAUGAUUUAUGAGAGGAAGAUAGCGGAGCUGCAGAUCCAGCUUGCAGAGGAAGAGCCAAUGGACACAGAACAGAGCAGCACCCUCCUCAGCUCGAUCCAAUCAGAAAUUGCCAAGUAUCAGCUGCUGAUUGACGAGGAGAAUCAGAAACUCAAACGAUACAAGAUCGAAAACAUCAGACGAAAGCAUAACUACCUACCCUUCAUCAUGGAACUACUGAAGACACUGGCAGAAUACCAGCAGUUGAUACCUUUGGUGGAAAAGGCAAAGGAGAAGCAGAGUGCCAAAAAAGUCCAGGAAGCCAAGUGAACACAGUCACUAGUGCUGAGUGAUUAACCAACAUUUAGUUUUUUUGGGGGGGGGGUUAUAAAACAACUAAUCGACCGACUUCAGUUUAAUUACUUUAAUUCCAUUUUAGUUUUUUUGUGUGUGAGCCCAACGCAGAAAUCAAGUCAAGAACUAUGUGGGACGCUGGUCUGAAGGUAAUUAGAUACACACAGACCCACAACGACAAGAGGGAUAGAGACAGUUUGUGAAAGUAUGCCUUAUCUACUUUGAAGAACUAGUCAAAUGAUUUCAUCAGACAGCUCUGCAUCACAGGCUACUUAGGCAUGCUAGCUAAAUAUGAUGACUAAAGACAGUACAUUAUAGGGAGCACAUAGAUACCGUUACUGGCUGCUACAGACUGCUACUGCCUGAGCAGAGAUGAGAUGAUGACUUUAAGGAAUAAAAAAUAAAGUAAUCAAAUAAAAACUUAGUAAUAUACACAACUGAAAUAUUGUAUUAUUUCAUAGUAAUUUCCUAUUUUUCUAUUGAUAUCUACUCAAUGUGGACCUGACAAAGACAAUGGAAUAUUUUUAAUGUUUUGGCAAUUGAAUGCUCAAUAUUUUUGGCUUUGAAAUUUCCAUUAAAAAGAUCUAUUUCACAAUGCAUUUAAUGUUGAAAAAAAUAAUUGAAAAUCGUGAUUAUAUUUUUUAUAAUUGAACCGAAACCGAACCUACCUCAAAAAGCACAAAUGGCUCAGCACUAACACUCAUCAGUCGUCGUAUUCAUGUGACCCCCUUCCCCCACAGACAUGAGCACACGGGCAGUGGGAUAGAUACGAACUGUGUUGACUCCCAACCGCGUCUACCCCUAAGCUGUAAUGUAUGCCUGGAAAGAUAUGUUUAAAUGAACCUGUCUUAUUUUCAUAAUAAAAUUUGUUGUA